AUGGAUCCAAACGCUCCACGCUGCCCAAAAAGAGCCAGCGAGGGGCCGUACAACCUAAGAAAAAGGACCAAGACAGUCCAGUACGCAGAUAACCCCCCGAGGAAGAAAUCUGAAGAGAAGCGCGUGCCUGGUGGAAGGCAACAAAGGCAGCAGAGGAUAUGGGAACAUGACGAGACCUGUCAGCUUCUAGCCCACUUCCAAUGGAGCUUCAGCAAUGGCGUUGAUUUCUGGACUACCGCAUUUCCCAAAUUCCAAGACACCGUUCAAAGAGCCUUCACCGAUGAACAGGCGAAGAAGCAGCUGCAGCAUAUAUUAAGCCAGCAUGGCCAGAUGGAAGGCGAAGAUGACUAUGCCAACUUGUUUGAAUCUGGCCUCGAUUCGUUGAACCUACCAGAGGACUUGUCGAGGAAAGUCGAUCAGUUCUUGAACUGUAUACCCGACAGUAGCACUGGCCAGUCUAAAGACGACGCACGUGCGAAAUGCUGCCUCAAGAGACUCUUAGUGACUUUCUUGGUCUCUUCAGAGAAAUUGAAAGCCAUAUUACCAAAUGAAGAAGGGACAAAAACCACCGGCCUAGUUGAUCAAGGCUCCUCCGUGGACGCCGGUCAACCAAUAGCAGAGCAACAGCCAUCCCAAGCUUCAUCACCCCUCGGCUCGACAGACCAACUUGUCGAAAACCAAUCCCCAAAGAGAGGUUUUGUCGAUCCCCUACCACCCGAUAGAAGAGACAUAGUGGAAAUAGAAACCCGGCUAAUUGCUUCGGAGAUCGAAAAUGGACGGCUCAAGAGAGACCUAGCGGAACAUUACAAACCCGACGCCGUCGUGCUAAACACACUUCAGGAAUAUAUGCAAAGGUCGCACAUGAGGGCCCUACGCAUCAGAAACUUCAAUCCCAAUAAUCCAGGUUUGAGUUCGAAAGAAAUCUCAGAUAUGUACUUGGGUUUGUUUUCGUUUAUGCAAAAUGCCUGUGCCAUCGCUUGCCGAGAUAACUCGGAAGCACCGGAAGAGCAAGACUCCCACAGCGAUCUCGUCGAGUCUUGGGCUCUUAAUACCUUUAGACGAGAAUUAAAGGAUUGCAUUUCUCAAGUCAGAGAGUCCAAGCUAUUGCUAGAAAAGUUGCUCCUAGGACUGGUAGGUUCAGCAGUUAUCGAAAUGAUCUUCGAGCCAGCCUUCCCAGCAUUCAUUCAAGCACCCAAUCCUGUGGCGGAAGCCUAUCGAGAACUCAUACUCCAUAUUUCGGGCCCCAAUGAGCUUCAUAAAGCAGACAGGGAUGUUCUCCCACAACUCAUCGUCGAGCAUAAAACCGAAAUCAUCAAAAGAAAGGUUGAUGAACUGGAGCGUAUCCUUUACAAACACUUGGAUUUCUUCUGGGUGCCUCCAAAUGGUGGAACCGAAGACGGGGGAGAAGUGUCGAGGCCAGAUGUCGAUUUCAGAUCAUUUCUCGAAGAGGCGCUGGAUUUCAAGCUCGAACUCACAUUAACCACCACGCGACUCAAGUACUUCUACUAUGAGCCUGAUGAAACCUUCGACGAUACGCGUAUGGAGCGGUGCAUGUUUUCGGAUCGUGAAAAUAACACCAUCAAAGCCUGCUUGUUCCCUCUUCUCUUACACGCGCCGGUCCGAGAGGAAACGCACACCUCAAAGGAUAUUGUGCUCGAGUACAAUACCAAAUACAGCACGUACUUCAGAAGGAUAUUCGAGGGAAGCCAUCUUGAUCUGGAACCGGCGUCAAAGGCAGUCGUGCUGACUUAG